AUGGGUUUGCCGUUGUGGGUGUUCUUCGGGCUUGUCGCUGUAAGAAUGAUCUCUAGAUAUGAGCUGGGCCUCUCUGAACCCAUUGUGGGUUGUGCUGAUUUAGGAGCUAUUGAUUUUGGCCAAAAAAUUCAUGGCUAUGUUUACAAAUUUGCUGGUCUUGCUGGUCAUAUUGUCGUCAAUAAUGGCCUGAUUGAUAUGUAUUCAAAAAGCGGCAACCUUGACUUGACUACAAAGAUUUUCAGUGAAAUGUUGAAUAAUGAUUUGUUAACAUGGACUACCAUGAUAUCCGGAUUGGCACUUCAUGGCAAAAAGUGA